AUGAUAAUAACUAACCUGCAUUUGCUUCAUGUGCCGGUAUUGAUAUUGUAGGAGGGAAGCUUAAUUUAGCACCUAAUGAUAAAUUAGCAAAAAUUAUAGAAAACUUGGCUCCUCAUUAUAGAAUUUAAGUAAAUGCAUAAUUUUGGAAAAUGGAAAAAUGAAUAAUUUUCAUUAGAAGUAGAUGAUUAAAUUAACAACACCGAUUUGGGAACUUAAGGCAUUUAUUCUAUUUGUGGAUCAACAGAAUUAGUUAAUAUAUUUAAUAUAGGAGUUAAUUUAUCUCAUUUUAGAUCAUAAUGUUAAAUAACUAUGAGAACCAGUCUUAAUACUGGAACCAUAAAUGCAUUUUGGGGAAUAAGAGCCUUUGAUAUAUAUCUUGCAAAAUGUUUUACUGGUUGUGAUCAAUGUAUUGGGCCUUUAAAAUCAGAUUGUAAGGUUUGUUCAAGUGGAUGGGUUUUUUACAAAAAUUUAUGCACUCAUCGUAUUCAUUAAUCUUAAUCAUAGCUCCUCCUAUGCUUUUUUCUUAAAUCUCAAUUACUUAAACGAAAGAUUCUUAGUCAGAUUAAAAGAAUUCUAUGAAAAUCCACCUUUUAGAAGUUGAUUAUUCAAUAAUUACUUAAGGUGAUUUUACACUUUUAAUCCAAAAUAAUUAAAAAAUAUUGACAAUUCAAGUUUAUGUAAAAUGCUUUCCAAACAAAACAAUUAAUAGUUAAUUAUAAUUCAAUUAAAUAUAAAAUUCACAUUAAUAUUAAUUUUUAAAAAAAUGUAGGUAGACUUUUAAUAGUGUAAUUUAUAAAGUCUAGUAUGACUUAAGGGCAAUUUCGGAAUAAAAGUUGAUAUUUAGUACAUCUGAUACAAAAUGUGUAAUUUAGUAGGUAAUUAAAGUUGCUGAUGAAUUAGAACUUAUCAAAAUAUUAGAAAUUUUAUUAGAUGAUGUUUGAAUAUUCAACUUAUGUAUAAUUGUAUUCUUGAAGUUUAUGAUAUUAAUUUAGUUAAAUUUUUAUUGUUUAUUAAAACUUAGAAAUUCUGGCAUUACUUUAAAAAUUAACAUUACUUUUUUCCUCCAAUUAAAUUUAAAAUAUCUGAAUCCAAGUUGUUGAAUGCAAAGAAUUAAGCAACCAAUCCAUUUGUUUGUAUAUGUUAUGGUGGAGCUUAUUCAUUAUAGGACCUAAUGAUUUUGAUAUUAAAUUACAGCUUUUCUUAAAUGUUGUUUAAAAGUAAAAUCAGUUUGAUUUAGUAAAACAAAAUGUAUCUACCAACAUUUUAAAAAGUGUUAAACAUGUUUAUUUUAAUUAUAUAUUUAGUAGAAUUAAGUGAAAAUUUUGAUUGUUUCAUUACGCAAAUUAUAAAAAUGGAAACAUUUCACCAUGCAUUUUUUCAACUAUUCAAGUUUUCGUUUCGAAUAUAAAGACUCCUUACUGUUUAAAAAGUAAAAGUUAACACUUCUUUUGAAAACUCGAUUUAAAAGGGUGCUGUCUCUUCAUAAAAUGAUUUGAAUCAAUAAUAAAGACCUGAAGAAAAAUUAUAUUACCUAUUAAGUAUCAAUUUCAGAGUAACGAAUAAUCAAAUUAUAGAUUAUGUAUAAUUAUUUGAUAAAAUUAGAUAUUUUACGUCAUUUAACUUAUGAGAGGUAUUAAUUAAAAUUUUUCGGAUGCCAAAAUUACCUGAAAGCAGUUUGAACAUAGCCCAGAAAUUAAAAGAUGAAUUUCUAUAUCAUUUUGAUAUUUUUGCCCAAUAACCCAACUUUACAAUACUCAAUCGUAGCAAAUUUCCAUCAAUACUUGGCUUUAUAACUUCAAUAAUGAUUGCGUUGUUUGGACUCUAUUUUUUUAUGACAGAAGUGGUCUCUAUGGUCUCUAAAUCAAAACCUGCUAUCUAUCAAACAGAAUUAUCUAUAUCUGAAACUGAAGUAUCAUCAUAAAUAAUAAUAAGCCAUUUAUCCUUGAAAAUGAUAACUUCACCUUAGCCAUAUCAGUUGUAAAUCGGUAUUCUGAGCCAUUAAUAGGAAUUGAUAGAUAUUUUUAAUUAAAUAUUAGUUAAUGUGUGAGGUUAAGGACAAAAGAUUAAUUUUCAGGAAAUGUGUCUGUGAAUUUAAAGUAAGAAUUACUGAGAUAAUAAGUUGUACACAAAUUCCAAUCGAGCCAUGCAAUAUGUCUCACUUUACAACAGAUCUAUAGAAGGAGUACUUUUCUAUUAUUAGAAUGGGAGGCAUCUAAUGCAUUAAUAGGAAAUAUCUAAAAGAGAAUCCAUUAGUAAUUAUAAUUUAAUUGUUAGAUUCUGUAAGGGUAGAUUUCAUCAAACGCAUUCAGAUACAUAUUUAUUUAGUUUAAUGCUUGUCAAAAUACAAGUUUAUCGAAGAUGUGUGCACCUCAAAAAGAAAUUGAGAGUGUUUUGGAAUCAGGUCAUUACAAUGUUUAUAAAAGUGAUUACCUUACCAAAUUAGAUCAACCAGGAUAACCUUAUUAAGAAAUCAUCACAAAUGAAUUUACAACUUUCUCUUUGAGCACUUCUAAGACUAUUUCUUAAAAAUAUAGAAUUUUAUAAACAUCUUCAGAUGAAGGAUUAAUUUGGGAAUCAAUUUAGGAUUAAUCAAAUAUUUAAUAAAGUGAAUGGAGAGAGAUAUCUGAAUUUUAUAAUAAUCAAUAUAUAGUUGUUCAUUAUAUAAGAUUAGAUUACAAGUAAACAAUUAACAUUAGAACAUAUGUUAAAUUAUAAACCAUUCUAGGCAAAUUAGGUGGAAUAUUUUAGAUAUUCAUCAUGGUUGUAGCUAUUGUAUUAAGACCUAUAAUUGAAAAUUUUAUGAAAUUAGAAAUUGUGGAUUCUCUUUUCAAUUUUUCAGAUUAAAAUCAUACCCCAGUUCAAUAAUCCUCUCAUGCUAUGAUGAUUCAAACUGAUAGAGAUACCAAACUUUAAAUAGCUAAGCCUAAUAAUUAAUUAAAAUGGCAAUCACCUAUAUAAAACACACAACAUACUACAUUAAGUUAAUCCAGACUUGAUCCUUGGUUGAUAAUAUUUGGGUGUAAUUAAUCAAAGAAAAAAUAAUUUAUAGUUGCAAAAAACAAAAUUAACAAAUAUUUAGAAAUUGUGAACAUUCUGAGAAAAUUAUAAGAUAUUGAAAUUCUUAAAAAGAUUUUACUCUCUAAAGAGCAAUAGAUCAUAUUGAAAAAACACAGAAGAUAAAUUGACAAAAAUGGUUUUUGCAUAAAAAAAGAACCCUAGAAUUAUAUAUAAAACAACAAUUAAAUACACGAAUUAGACAAUUGUAUGAUAUAGUAGAAAAGCAAGUCAGUCCUAGAUCAACUUGGUAUCAAGAUACAAGAGUAAAAGCAUUACAAAGAUACUUUUAAUUCAUGUUAUAAAUUAAACGAAAUUAAAUCUCUAGAUGAUUCUGAAAUCUAAGAGCCUGUAGCAUAAACACCGAAAACAUGA